GACGAGCAUGGCGACCACGCCGACCGUGAACGCGUCGGAUGAGUGGACCAACGCGUCCGCGGCGUCCGCGGCCACGCAGCAGCCCCCGGGCGUGGGCUGGGAGUGCUCCCGGGUGCAGCUGGGCCACCCGGUGUCGCUGGCGGUGGCGCCCGCCCUGGACCUGCUGCUCAACAACAUGAAGCUGGCCUUCAUGCUGCACGUGUACGGCAUCGCCUGCCUGUUCAGCGUGCUGGCCACCUACACCUUCUUCUCGCUCAUCAACCUGAGAUCGCUCAUCUCGAGCAGGCCCUUCAUGACCUCCAUCAACGUGUUCCUCUGCAUGCUGGGCGCCUCGCGCGCCGCCUACCUCAUGCUGGACCCGUACAACCUGCGCGAGGUGAUGCCGCGGAUCAUGGGGGCGCUGCUGUGGGACCUGGCCUUCCCCUGCCUCACCUCCGCGUUCUGCCUCAUCCAGCUCGCCUUCCUGCAGCUCACCAAGCUCAAGGUCGGGCCGCGCGCGCUGCGGGAGAAGACGGUGCCGUCGCUCGUCAUCGCCAUCCACUUCACCUUCGUGCUCGGCAUCAACAUCAUCCUGGGCUUCGACGAGAGCGCGCUGCCCUUCAAGCUGCUGGGGGAGACGCUGUUCGCGGUGUGGGCCUGCGUGCUCUUCGCGUCCUUCGUGUCGCUGAGCGGCCACGUGCGCAGGCUGCUCAACAGGGUGCCCCACGGGGUGCUCCUGCAGCGAGACCCCUCCGACUGCCACGCCAAAGGCAUCAUGCAGCUCGCCAUGCUGGCGCCGUACUCCAACUUGGCCUCGUCCGUCGCGGCCGCGCUGGUGCCCACCUUGUUGGCGCCGCGGCUCGGCCAGGGCGACAGCGGUGCCUCACGACGCUCCGGCCCGAACCUCGCCUCGCAGAUGGCCCGGUCGCUGAACGCCAACCUCAACGGGUCCGGGGCGGACUCCGGGGCGUCCUCCGGGACCUCGGCGGCGGCGAGCGCGGCGCCACCGCCCGUCAUCAAGACCGAGGACGUGGACGCGCCCACCGUGAUGGUCCGACCGGCCACACCCACCAUCAUGGUGUGCCCCGGCAGCCGCAGGGGCAGCACGGCCUCGCUCAGCAGGAGGGGAUCCUCCCGCCGGGCCAGCUCGGCCUCGCUCCUGCGGAUCGCCGAGGAGGGCUCCGGCCCGGACUGCCUCGUCGUGGACUCGUCGCCGUCGCCCACGCGCCGCAAGAAGAGCCUGUCCUGGAAGGGGGAUGACGACGUCGUGUCCCCCGCGCCGGAGAUUAACCAGGCAUUUGAAGCAACUCCCUCUAAAUCAAUUUUGAAGGAAGCGCCAGCCGAGGACAAAACCACUGCCGAGACCAAAUUGCUGCCUACAGAACCAGACAACGCCAUCAAAAAAAACACAGUUCUUAAGGCAAGAGGACAAAUAUUUAUUCCAGAAGGAAUUUCUGGCAACAGGACUCAUUCACUUAAAACCAAAAUUUACUGGCAUGUAGAUAUGGAUGUUGGAGCUUGA